ACGUUUUCCACGUUCUAUGUUUGUCCUGCCUCCCGCCUUAACUACCAUUCAUAAACGUUUCAUUCUAAUUUAGGCCCUCUUCGAAGCUAUGAGAAAUCGUGAGAAUCCAACCAAAUGGGAGAGUUACAAGCAGGUCAUCACAGCUGUUUCAGCAUAUUGGGUCUUCUCAAUAGGAUUAGUGUUUCUCAACAAGUAUUUGCUGUCUAGUGUGCAGCUUGAUGCUCCGCUUUUCAUCACUUGGUAUCAAUGUUUGGUCACCGUAUUUCUGUGUUUAUUCCUCAGUAAAACAUCAAAAGCUUAUGGUUUAUUCAAAUUCCCAUCGAUGCCAAUUGAUGCAAAAAUCAGCCGAGAAGUAUUACCUCUUUCUGUCGUUUUUGUCGCUAUGAUUUCCUUCAAUAAUUUGUGUCUCAAAUACGUUGGCGUCAGUUUCUACUAUGUUGGACGUAGUUUAACGACCGUUUUCAAUGUUGUCUGUACUUAUCUGAUCCUCGGACAAAAGACAUCAGGACAGGCGAUCGGUUGCUGUGCCCUUAUUAUUUUUGGAUUCCUGUUAGGAGUCGAUCAGGAAGGUGUGACCGGAACUCUUUCCUACACGGGUGUCAUUUUUGGAGUACUAGCAAGUCUAUCAGUUGCUCUAAAUGCAAUUUACACGCGAAAAGUUCUCUCAUCUGUUGGUGAUUGUCUCUGGCGCCUAACAAUGUACAACAAUCUGAAUGCUCUUGUUCUUUUCCUCCCACUUAUGCUUUUCAAUGGAGAAUUCGGAGCAGUCUUCUAUUUCGAUAAACUCUUCGACACAACCUUCUGGAUUCUUAUGACUUUGGGUGGCGUUUUCGGAUUUAUGAUGGGAUACGUCACUGGAUGGCAAAUUCAAGCAACAUCGCCUCUUACUCACAAUAUUUCUGGAACUGCCAAAGCAGCUGCUCAGACUGUAAUGGCUGUAGUUUGGUAUUCAGAAUUAAAAACUCUUUUAUGGUGGACAAGCAAUUUCGUUGUUCUUUUCGGAUCCGGAAUGUACACUUACGUUCAGAAACGUGUCAUGGACAAGAAAAAUUCAGGAGCGUCUCCAGCUAGCGAGGCAAAAUCUGACAAAGUGAAGCUUUUAGGAAGAGAUGGAAAUGCGGCCGAGGAAUCAGUUUAAUCUUGAUGCCGCUGCUCGAAGUUUGCAUUUUAUUCAGUUAUCCAGUGCAAUCGGUGUAUUAACUCUUUGUUCUUUGUUUUCUUUCGUGUGAUAUGGUUGGUAGCCACUGCUUAUAAUGUAUAGAUCGAUUUAUAAAUUGUUUCUGAAGAACAUCAAAAUUAA